AUGUCUACCGAAGUUACAGCCCUACGUUGGCUAGUUUUGGUGUGGUUCCAGAAUCGUCGUGCCAAGUGGCGUCGGCAGGAGAAAAUGGAGGCGGCUCGCCUCGGAUUGUCAGAAUACGGCUGUGCACCAGUACCCCGUCUGUCAGCCCUUGGCUUGCCUGUUGAUCCUUGGCUCGCCCCACCCUUGCUUACUGCUCUGCCAGGUUUUCUGAGUCAUCCACCAUCAGGAUACCCAAGCUACCUAACUCCACCAGCGCCAUCGGUCCCUGCGCCACCAGCCCCAGGCGACCCGCGAUCAUCCUCCAUCGCAGCGCUGAGAAUGAAGGCCAAGGAACAUGUGGAAAGCCUUAGUAAAGGCCUGCAAAUGGUUUAG